AUGGCUAUGAUCAUCACCAGGAAUAAAUGUAUAUGCAUGGCGUCUCUUUCGGACUUCUACUAUAGAAGAAUCAAGCGAAUACUACCGCUGUAUUACAUGGUAUUGCUUGCAAUACUUCUACUCGUGAUACUAGAGUUACCUACCUACCGAACCCUCAACCUGCCUCGGUCGCGUAGAGCACUAACAUUUACUGCGAACAUUGAGAUUUCGAAAAAGGAGCCUUUAAAAGAGUAUGAAGAAAUGCUGACGAAUGCGGUAGAUCUUUUUACACAUACAUGGUCACUAUGCGUCGAAAUUCAAUGGUAUUUGCUUGUCCCCUUACUCUUCUACGUUCAAAGCCUGCUACCCUUUCGAAAAAUAACGUUUUUUUCAGGGAUUGCUCUUGCUUCUAUGGAAUUUUACUUCUAUGCUGAUAAUAACACUGCCUUCAACAGCGUAUUUGCAAGAAUGUGGCAAUUUUGUGCUGGCAUAAUCGCCUUUUCAUGGCAUCAUAAUAAUACUGGUGCUUUUACGGAAGCGGAGAAGUCAGUCGAUUACGGUGGAUCGCAGAGGGAAGAAAACCUUACAUUCUCGAGAUUAACGCAAAUUUUCUCAUGGAUCGUAUUUAUUCUUGCCGUUUCACUACCAUUCUUUGGAAUAAUUUUACCAAAAGAUUUUCUUCGCGUGGAGACAACCAUAUUGACAGCGGUACUUAUCGUUGCAGGAAAGAGAUACCAGGUACCUGUACUUACCAGACCAGACAUUGUAUAUGUCGGAGAAAUAUCUUAUGCACUGUAUCUGAUUCACUGGCCUGUUUUCGUCGUCAUGAAGUACUUCUACCCUGAGAAUCCGUUGAGUCAGUUGCAUCCUUACAGCCACAAUCCAUUUAUAUCUAGUUGA